AUGGAUCAAAGUAAAAAAUCCCCAAAGACAGAUAAACACAAAACAACUACAGCAGCAUCAUCGAAAGAUGGAAAACAUGAUGAAAAAAAAGAUGGAAAACAUGAUGAUAAAAAAGAUGAAAAUAUUUUAUCUAAAGCAGCUCAUAAAAUUGGAGACAAAGUACAUGAGGUGAAAGAAAAAGCACAUAAUUUAACUCAUGGUGAUGAUUCAAAAAAAGAUAAAGAUGACAAGAAAGGAGGCACUAAAUUAAAGACAUCAUCAAAAAUUGGUAAAAAAGACUCCGAUGAUGAAAAAGAAGAAGAUACAUCAAAACCACCACCACCUCCACCUUCGUCCUCUUCAGACAAAAAGGAAGAUACCAAACCACCUGACUCUUCUAGCAAGCCUCCAUCUGAUGAUAAACAAGGUGGUGCUGCUGCUCCGCCUUCUUCAAAACCACCUGGUUUACCAUCUGUAGCUGGCAAAAAAGAAGAUUCUGCAGCUGCGCCUCCAUCGUCGAAACCAGCUAGUUCAGAUCCGGCCAGUAAAGCUACAGAACCACCGUCUGGUGGUGAUUCUAAACCUCCUGGUGCAAAGAAAGAUGAUGAAGUUGCUGCUCCUUCUUCAGAAGCGCCUGGUAAUGGCUCGGCUAGUAAAUCUUCUGGAACACCUGCUGGCAACCAGAAAACUGCUACAACUCCUUCUUCUGCUAAAUCAGCUAGCAACGAAGAUGAAAAUUCAAAAUCUGCAAAUCCACCAAUGAAUAAUAAUUUGAAACAGUCAGCUAAUGAACCAAAUAAUGCUGCGAGUAAUGCUGAAACAUCUAAUAAACCAUCGGUAGAAAGCAAUCCAGAUGAGAAAGUUCAUAUUUUGUUUGAUGGUGUGGAAACUGUUGAUGAUUUACUUGAGCGAAUAGAUGAAGCUAUUGAAAAGGCAAAAGUUGUUGUAAAUAAUGGCCAAAACAAAAAUGUUUCUGAUAAAAAAGAAAAACAAAAUGUCUCAGGUUCAACUGCAGAUAAUACCAAGAAAAAACCUGAAGUGAAGACUGCCGAAGAAGAAGAGCCAAUUCGUAUUCCUUAUGCCGAUGUACAUGAGUUAAAAGAUGUUUUAGGUCUAGUCAAUGAUCAACCAGGUCAUCGAAGAGUUGUACUUGAAGGUGCACCUAAACAAUCAAUUACUGCUAAUAUUCAAAAAUCUAAUAAUUCACCGUCAUCUACAGCUUCUCCAGCUGUUACUAAUGAACAAAAAGUUUCGCCAACAAAAGAAAAACCAACUGAAAACCAACCAGCUUCAAACGAUACAUCGGCAGCUCAAGUGGAUAAAAUUCAUGUUAAUAUAGAAAAUAUUCAAUGUGUUGAUGAUCUGUUAGAUCGUAUUGAUGAUGCUGUUCAACAUGUUCCAGUUGUGAUCAAUAGAAAAUCUCAUAUAGAUAAAAUUCCAACUCCAUCAGAACCAAAUGAAAAUAUUCAAAAUGACGUAAAAACUCAACAACAAGGAAGAAUUAAUAAUAGAGAUAUAGCAGCUGCUGUAAAAUUUCAAAAACAAAAUCCUGAACACGAACAAGACAAUAAUGAGAUAAGCGUACAACUCUAA